AUGUCCGAUGCGGCCGGAAUGGCCAGCAGCGAUGAGGAGGUCCUGUCCACCGGCGGCGGCAGCGGUCGGAAUCGCGUCCAGCGCGACUACACUGAUGCCAGGUUGGAGCGGGUGGCCGCCUACACGACGACCACAAUGCGCCUCAAACCGGAUAAAUGGACCAAAAUGAUGGCCAUCGAUGAGCUGCGGCGGAUUGUUUUGGACUGGCAACAUGGCCACAGUCGUGUUUUGGUGAUGACCCUCAGCCCAGGCGGAGAUUUGGUGCCCAGGAGCUGUCUCAGUGACUUGUACUUGCCCUACUCGGUUCAGAGUACCCGUGGCUCUGUCCCAUCCGCUAUGCUGCCCCUCGAAGACGAUGCCAUGGCCACGGCCACGGCAGCCGUGUCCGCCGUGGUGUCUGCCACGCCCAGUGCCCUGCUCAUCCCGAUGCCGCCCGCCUCCUCCAGCUUCACGACUCUGGACGGCGUGCCGCGUGGAAAGUGCGCUUACUUUGUGCGCCGGAACAGCUCCGACGGCCCCUUGACGGCAUCCAAUUUCGCGGAGAGCAUUCUAUACGGUGACUUUCCGGUGCAUAGCAAAAUCGAAACGAUGUCCCUGCUGUUCGACGAAGUGCUGCAACCGCUGCUGGAACAGGCUCAAAGUCAGUGGCCGUCCAUUGUUCGCAAGGAUCUGCAGGCGCGCAUCAAGGAAGUGCGAAACACCCUCACCGAGAUUAAGGGCAAAACCAACAAUCGCACAAUUUUAUCGUUAUUAGUUUCGCCAACAAUCGUCGAGGAAGUGUUUGCCCACGUGAGCCAAGGUCACUUAAGACCAGCUUUGGAUCCGAAAUUUCGAAAUUUGCUGGAGGAGAUGUUCAUCAAUUGGACCACUCAGAUGCACGACAUCGUCCUGGAGCGUUCCGAGUGUCAGCCCUUGGGAUCAGUCACCCUAUCAUCCGGUCACACACCCAAACACAUAACCCUGGUAUCCUUGCCCGCUCAAGAGAUUGCUUUCUGGACGAACAGGAAACUAAACCUGCAGAAUAUUUACGAGCAGCUACGCGAGUCCACGCACAAAACUCUAGCUCAAAUUCUGGAGCGGAUCGAGUCGGUUUACUAUGUGCCGUACUCCACUGCCUUUCGAAAGCUUGUGGCUGCCUGGUUGGAGGCUCAGGACGUCUCCCUUUGGCUGCAGCCGCUCCUCCGCCAGACUUCCGCCUUCAACUCGGUGCAGUUCAGCAAUGGCCACGAUCUGGUGGCUCCUCUGGUUCACGUGGUGCACCUGGUGUGGAGCAAUGCCACCUACUACCGCAGCACCCAGAGGAUGAGUGUCCUGCUGCGCUGCAUCUGCAACAUGAUGGUGCAUCGGGCGGCCGAGGAUCUCGAGCUGCAGCUCCUCUUCCAGGGAGACGCCGAUGAAGGACUUCUGAAAAUCAAUCGCACAACUGAAGUUUUGGAGCUUUUCAAACAACGGAUGAUGGAGUACAAGGAGCGAUAUGCGGGCGGACAGGUCCUUUUGCCCGCCCUUCCUGAAGGAGCGGCAGGGGGGGCCUCCUCUCCGUCACCUGACGACCAGCAGCAGCUGUGGCGCUUUUGCCACGAGGAUGUGUUUGGCCAGACACUCGAUGGCUUCUCGGCCCAGUUGAUGGAGUUGCGCCAGGUUUUCGAGGCGGCAGUGCAGUUUCAGCAGCUGGAGAAGCUUGAAGUGGGCGGACUGAGGGGCAAAAUACUCACGGAACGAGUCAGAGAGAUCUUUGCAGAGUUUAAAGUACUAUUCGAGCAAUGGAGCAAUGUAGACAUCGAUCUCACCGCUCCAAUCGCCAGCAAAUGGAAAAGUUUCCGCCGAGAGCAGACUCUUUUCUUCAGCCGAAUGCAACUUCUCGAGCAGAAACUGGCCACCAUUCUGCUGCAGGCCUUCGAGCAGUGCCACAGUUGGAUGCACUUGCUCCGGCUGAGUCUCAUGUUUGGCUGCCUGCUGCAACGUGCAGCUGUGCAACCGGAACUGGCCAGUGUCCUGCCUCACAUCCUUGCCAUCUACGAGAGGGAAAUCGAGCAGCUGGAGGAAAGUGUGACGGAGGUUUUGCUGGGAUACGAGAUCCGUGGCUUGGCAGCUCUUCCCUUGGCCAACAACUUUCCACCCAUUGCCAAUGCGAUGAUGUGGCUGGAACAGCACAUCAGCCGUUGCAAUGACUUUGGCGCCAAGGAGUUGAACAACCUCAUUGAGCAGUUACUGAAAGAGAAGUCAGAACUCCAGACGCUUCCCGUUCAAUGGAGUUCACUGCUCUCGCGUCGCAAUAUUUUGACCACCAAAUUAAGCAACCUGCAAAUGAAAAUCUGGACCACUUGGCAUGAAUGCAUUGAUCGACUUAUUGUCCAGGGUCUGGAUGAAUCGGUGCUUUCCCGAUCGGAGGACAAUACUCAGCUGUAUCUGAAUUUCUCCCCCGUUCUUUUUACCCUGCUGAAGGAGACCAAGUAUUUGUUGGCACUGCAGGCCACUGGCAGCUUAUCCGGCGAUCUCUUCCAGCUUCCGGAGCCACUGCUCACUCUCUAUGGACAGCGGGACUCCUACUGGGAGCGUCGCAUUCGGCUCAUCAAGAUUGGGGAGUUCUACAACGGCAUUCGCUCGGGGGAGUGCGCUGCAGCUGAGCUCCAAUUAAUUCGCAACGACUUGGCGACCAUCGACGAACAGGUGGCCAUCGCCUGUCGACAACUCACCUGGCGCAACUACGAUGAUCCGCUUGUGGCGGACAUCUACGAGCAGAGCCGCGACCUGUUUGCCCGCCUGCAGCAGUCGCACGGCAACCUGGACUCCAUCCUGGCCAGCAUGCGUCGCUGGAGCCGAGAGCCACUGCAUCAGCGCAGCUUAUACGGCCGCAAUCUGCUGGAUCUGCGCCAUCAGCAGGACCGAGUGCGACUGCGAUUGCUGCAGUGCGAUGAGACCAAGAUGCUGCUCAAUCGCCUGCUGAUUGCCAACUUCUGUCUGUUCUUCAACUAUGAGGCGCAGGAGUUUCAGUUGUACUCCAGGGAUCUGAGUGUGCAAGAGUUCGUUCGGGAGUUCCCCAAGGAUCAGCGGCGGAAGUACAACAAGUAUUUGGCCAGCGUAGACGAUCUGAUCUGCCGGGAAAUUCGCGAGGCGAUGAGAAUCAGUUUAGAGUAUUUGUACAAAGAAAUGACAGCGACGACGACGGCGAAGGAAAUAGCAACAGUGGAUCCGAGUACUUCAGCCAGCAUGGCAAGGUUAGUCCUUCAGCAAAUCACAACGCCACAGGCGACAGGCGGAGCAGGAGCAACAGGACUAUCAGGAUCUGGAGGUGGAGGUGGGGGUGCCCCAGUCAACGAUGCUCCACUCUUCGAAGUAAAAUUGGAGCUGACGGAAACGGAAAUACGCUUUUCGCCCGCCUUUGAUGCAAGUGUGGAAAAUAAUUUUCAACAAAUUGUGGAGCAGCUGUUGCUCGAUAUAAAACAGACAUGCGACUGCAUGCCAAGAAUUGUGGCUGACAAUGCCCUGUCAGAGGAUGAUGAAGACGCCACCGCGGCGAACGAGGAGUACGACCAGCAGGAGCGGGACCAAAAAAAGGAUCACGAACAGGAAGAGCAGGAGCAGAAGCAGAAGCAGGAGCAGGAGGAACCAAAGCCGCAGGCCGUGCAGUUCAACCUGCUGGCAGCCGCCAAGGCGUAUAGCCAAAAAAUCGAAGGCACUGCCGACGGUCUGGAAGUGCUGGAGAAGGCGAUACGUGAUGCCCUGGCGGAUACGGUAGAGGCGGCAUCGGCUUACGCUGCCAAAUUCCACGCCUAUGCAUUCCUGUGGUCCCAACAGAGUGGCGAAGUUUUGGCCGCCUGUAUGCAAACGGCCAGGGAGCAGACGCAGCAGGUCAGCGCCGGUGGCUACGCCAUCAUGGAGACGUUCAAAAAGGAGAUUGAGAACUACAACGAGGUGCACGACGCCAUUGACCAGUGCGAAAACCGGAAGUGCAUCAACGGAUGGCUGGCCCUCGAUCUGAAGCCCCUCAAGUUUGGCCUGCUCAAUCUGGCCUGCAAGUGGUCGCACCUCUGCAAGAAAUGGCUGCUCCGCUACGUUCAGGGAACCCUUAAGGAGCUGAACGCAUUUAUUGGCCGCGGUCACGAGACGCUGCAGUUGCACAUCGCCCGCCAGGACUUCUCCGCCCUGCUCCGCGUUUUGGCCAUCAUGUCGGAGAUCCGUCAACGGGAGCCGUACGCGGACAAUGUCUUCAAGCCGCUGAAGGACAUCAUGGGCCUGCUGAAGACCUACAACGUGGAGUUCGAGCCGCAGCUGUUGCGCAGCAUUGAGCAAUUGCCGCAGCAGUGGCAGCAGCUCAAGCAGACGAGUACCGUUAAGCAGGAGGCGCUGCAGGACACCCGCUUCCACCAACAACAACGCGUGGCUGCUCUAAUCGGUCUGCACACCUGUCACUUGCAGCACUACGCUCGCCAAUUACAGCGAAUGCCAUUCUUCCGGGUGCCCUGUCCGAAUGUCUACGAUGUCUGCGAUGAGGUCUACGUCCGGCUGUUCCGCUUCCGGCGGCAGCAACGCCUCUACACCCGCUGGGCUCGACUGCUCGACAUCUCUGCCCCCGAGUUCUCCACUCUGCAGUCGUGCGAGGUCGAGUUGAGGAGGGUCAAGCAAUUGUGGGACUUUGUGCGCGUCAUCGAGUCGUGCAUCGUGGAGUGGCAUGCCACGCCCUGGCUGCGCAUCGAUACCGAUGAAAUGGAGCACGAGUGCAAGAAGUUCACCCGCGACCUGCGAACGCUGGACAAGUGCAUCCGCGAGUGGGCGCCCUAUGUCCACAUUGUGGGCGUGCUGCGCGAACUGGUCGCCUCGCUGAGGGCCAUCACCGAGCUGCAGAAUCCAGCAAUUACCGAGCGACACUGGAUGGAGCUCAUGCAGCUGACAAAGCUCUCCUACAAAUGCAACAAAUCCACCAGCUUGGCCCAGCUGCUGACCCUUAAACUCCAGCACCACGAGGAGGACAUCAAGAACACGGUGGACCGGGCCAUCAAGGAGAUGACGGUGACCAAGGUGCUGGACGAGAUCAGGGCCACCUGGGCCCAUCUGGAGUUCGAGCUGGAGCAGCAUCACACCCGUCCCAACAUCCGACUGCUGAAGGUGUCCGAGGAACUCAUCGAAACGCUGGACGACAACCAGAUGCAGCUGCAGAACAUCUCCACCUCGAAGCACAUCGAGUACCUGCUCGACAAGCUCAGCCACUGGCAAAAGGUCCUCGGAGGCAUCGACACCUUGAUUGUCAACUGGUUCGAGGUGCAGCGCAAGUGGAUCUACUUGGAGUGCAUCUUCAUCGGAUCCGCGGACAUUCGAGCCCAGUUGCCAGCGGAUGCGGCCAAUUUCGAGAGGAUUGACGAGGACUUCACGAAACUUUUGGCCAAGGUGAGUGAGGUGCGGGUGGUCAUGCAGGUGGUGCUCCACCACGAGGAUGUCCUCGCCCAAUUAUUGCAGUUGCAACAGCGAUUGGCCAUCUGCGAAAAGGCCUUGAAUGAUUAUCUGGAAACAAAGAGACUUGCCUUUCCGCGCUUUUAUUUCAUAUCAGCCGCCGAUCUGCUGGACAUCCUGUCCAAUGGCAACAAUCCCCAAGUUAUUGACCGCCACCUGAUCAAGUUGUUUGAUUCCAUAUUAAGGUUGCAAUAUGAUACCAAUACCCCAAAUGCCGUGGGCAUGCACUCCAAGGAGAAUGAUGAGUAUGUGGCCUUCGUUUCCGCAGAUCCGGAUCAGCCUGCCUUUAUUGUUUGCGGUGGCAGAGUGGAGCUGUGGCUGAGGGCCAUCAUCAAGCAGAUGAGAAGCACCCUCCACGAGUUAUUUCGACGUGCUCUUCGAGUUUUCGGGGAGAAACCCCGGGAACUUUGGCUCUACGAUUGGCCAGCCCAGGUGGCACUUUGCUGCAGUCAAAUCAGCUGGACGGCGGAUGUGAAUCGGUCCUUCGGCUGCAUGGAGGAAGGAUACGAGGGCGUGAUGAAGGAGCUGCACAAGCGACAGAUUGCCCAGCUGAAUGCCUUGAUCAACCUCCUGUUGGGUGAACUUUCGCCCGGGGAUCGCCAGAAAAUAAUGACCAUUUGCACAAUUGACGUGCAUUCGCGCGAUGUGGUGGGUAAAAUCAUAGCCGCCAAGGUGGACAACUCGCUGGCUUUCCAGUGGCAAAGUCAGUUGCGUCACAGGUGGGAUGACGACCAGGCGGGAAGUUCCAGCGGAAAGGCGAGUACAGCCAUCAGUUGCGGCGGAGGAGAUGAGGAUUGCUUUGCCAACAUUUGCGAUGCGGAGUUUCGGUAUGCCUACGAGUAUCUGGGAAACACUUCGCGACUGGUCAUCACACCGCUGACGGAUCGAUGUUACAUCACUCUGACACAAUCGCUGCGAUUGCGGCUGGCAGGUGCAACGGCAGGACCCGCGGGAACGGGCAAAACGGAGACCACCAAGGACCUCGGUCGCGCCCUGGGCGUAAUGGUUUAUGUCUUCAACUGCUCGGAGCAAAUGGACUACAAAUCUUGUGGCAACAUUUACAAGGGACUCGCCCAGACGGGAGCCUGGGGCUGCUUUGACGAGUUCAAUCGCAUCUGCGUGGAGGUCCUGUCCGUGGUCGCCGUCCAGGUGAAGACCAUACAGGAGGCGAUAAAGAUGCAUAAAACCCAAUUUAUCUUUAUGGGCGAGCGCAUUUCGCUGGAGCCGUCGGUCGGAAUUUUUAUCACCAUGAAUCCCGGCUACGCCGGCCGAACGGAGCUGCCGGAGAACCUGAAGACCCUGUUCCGGCCCUGCGCCAUGAUUGUGCCGGACUUUGCCUUGAUUUGUGAGAUUAUGCUAAUGGCCGAGGGCUUCCAGGACGCCCGUCUGCUGGCCCGCAAAUUUAUCACCCUGUACACGCUGUGCAAGGAGCUGCUGUCCAAGCAGGAUCACUACGACUGGGGCCUGCGGGCCAUCAAAUCGGUUCUGGUCGUUGCAGGAACCCUCAAGCGUGAUGACCACAGUCGACCGGAGGAUCAGGUGUUGAUGCGAGCGCUGCGCGACUUCAACAUACCCAAGAUUGUCACGGAGGACGUGCCCAUAUUUAUGGGUCUGAUUGGAGACCUCUUUCCCGCUCUCGAUGUGCCGCGCAAGCGGGUCUUCGAGUUCGAGAAGACCAUCCGGAGGGCGGUGAACGAAAUUAAGCUGCAGCCGGAGGAGGGAUUCCUCAUGAAGGUGGUGCAGCUGCAGGAGCUCCUCGAUGUGCGGCACUCGGUGUUCAUUGUGGGAAAUGCGGGCACAGGGAAGACCAAGAUCUGGCAAACCCUGCGAGAGACCUAUCGCAUCCAGAAACUAAAGCCCGUCUGCCAUGUCCUCAACCCAAAGGCUCUUUCCAAUGAUGAGCUCUUCGGCAUCGUAAAUCCCACAACCAGAGAGUGGAAGGAUGGGCUCUUUUCCUCGAUUAUGAGGGAACAGGCCAACAUGCCGCCUGGUAAUCCCAAGUGGAUUGUUUUGGAUGGCGACAUCGAUCCCAUGUGGAUCGAGAGUCUCAACACUCUGAUGGAUGACAACAAAAUCCUUACACUGGCCAGUAAUGAAAGGAUAUCUUUGAAACGCGAGAUGCGAUUGCUAUUUGAGGUGGGACAUCUGAAGGCGGCAACUCCGGCAACAGUUUCCAGAGCAGGAAUAUUAUAUAUAAACCCGCAGGACUUGGGCUGGUCACCCUACGUUUCCUCCUGGCUGGAGACCCGUGUGGAUAUGAUUGAGAGGGGCAUCUUGACCACCUUGUUUGAGAAGUACUUCCCCUGUCUGAUGCAAAGGCAGCGCGACUUCCGGCGCAUCACCCCCAUUACGGACAUGGCCAUGAUCCAGAUGACCUGCCACCUGCUGGAAUGCUUGUUGGCCUCUGAUGAGGGAAACGGAGAUGGACGAGGAAGAGGAAGUGGAGCCGGUGGAGCAGCCAACCCGCACAAUCUGCACCACGGAGAGCUCUCCCACGAAGCGAAGGUUUUAGCUCUGGAAACUAUUUUUGUGUACGCCACCGUUUGGAGUUUUGGAUCCGCUUUAAGUCAGGAUGUAAUCAUCGAUUGGCACCGCGAGUUUCACAAAUGGUGGACAGGAGAGUUCAAGGACAUCAAGUUGCCAAGUCAGGGAACUGUUUUCGAUCACCAGUUGAAUGUGCAGACCCUUAAGUUUCAGCCUUGGUCCGAAUUGGCAGCUCAGGAGCCUUUGGAAGGACAAAUUGAUGCGGAGAAUCCUUUGCAGAAUGUUUUAAUUUCCACUGCGGAGACCACUCGUCUGGUCUAUUUCCUCAAGCUCCUGAUUGACCGCAACUUGGCCUGCAUGCUGGUGGGCAACUCGGGUUGCGGCAAGGGUGCCAUCUUCCGGGAGCUGUUCAGCCAGUAUGCCAGCGACCAGGAACUCCUCGAAGUGGCCGUGUCGACGGUGAGUGCAGUUGACAGCCAUCAGCAGCAGUCGGUGAGUCCUGCUGGAGCAGCAGUUGUGCGGCGCAAGGCUUCCUCCUCGGCCACUCCACUUUUGACCACCGUGCAAGCCACGCACUUUAACUUCUACACCAGCUCGGAGAUAUUCCAAAAAAUGCUGGAUCGUCCGCUCGAAAAGAAAUCGGGGCGGUGUUAUGCACCCAGUGGACCCAAGCGAAGGCUGAUUUAUUUUGUGAAUGAUUUAAACAUGCCCGAGGUGGAUGCCUAUGGCACAGUUCAGCCACACACAAUUAUGCGACAGUUCAUGGACUACCGGCAAUGGUACGAUCGCCAACGGUUGCAGCUGAAGGACAUUCGGCACUGUCAGUUUGCAGCUUGCAUGAAUCCAACUGCUGGAUCCUUUACAAUCGAUCCUAGACUGCAGCGCCACUUUUGCGUAUUCUCGGUGGCUCCACCGAGUGAGGACACUCUGCACCACAUCUACGGCAGCAUUCUGGCCAGUCACCUGGAUAGUCCCGCCCAAGGAUUCAGCAAGGAGAUCCGCUCAAUUGGCAGCUUACUUGUGAGAGUUGGAAUAGCCCUCCAUCGUCGUGUGGAAUAUGCCUUUCUGCCCACGGCUCUCAAGUUCCACUACCUUUUCAAUCUGCGGGAUCUCACGGGAAUCUAUCAAGGACUCAUGAACAGUGUGGGUGCUCCGGCUGCAGCGGGAGGAGGAGGAGCUUCGGGUUACGGAGGAACUGUCUGUGGCAGACCCUCCGAACUUAUGAGGCUAUACGUUCAUGAGGCCUUUCGGGUCUAUCAUGAUCGUUUGGUGGAUCCCUAUGACAUCAAGUCUUUUAAGUCCUCCAUUCGGGAUAUAUUUAAAAAGGAUUUUGAAGAUUUCGACGAAGACUUUGUGUUUGCAGAACCUUUGAUAUAUAGUCAUUUUGCUCAAUCACUGGUGGAUCAAAAGUAUAUGCCCCUGAAAAGCUGGGACUCGUUAUAUCAACUUUUAAUAGAAGCUCAGGCUAGUUAUAAUGAGGUGGUGGGAUACAUGAAUCUCGUGCUCUUUGAAGAUGCCAUGAUACAUGUUUGUCGUAUCAAUCGCAUUCUUGAGAGUCCCAGGGGUAAUGCUCUCCUAAUUGGAGUUGGAGGAUCUGGAAAACAAACCUUGGCUCGCUUGGCUGCUUUUAUAUCCUCCUUAAGCGUCUCCCAAAUCCAAAUAAAGCGAGGGUUUGGUUUACUGGAUAUGAGAGAGGAAAUCGGGAGUCUUUACAUGAAGGUGGGCCUCAAAAACUUGGCCUCUGUGUUCUUGAUCUCCGAUGCACAAAUACCUGAUGAAUCCAUACUGAUGUUGAUCAAUGAUCUCCUGGCCUCUGGCGAAAUUCCGGAGCUCUUUAACGACGACCAGAUGGACACUAUUACGAAUGGGAUUCGCAACGAGGUGAAGCAAAGCGGUAAUAUGGAUACUAAGGAGAAUUGCUGGCGGUACUUCGUGGAGAAGGUAAGGAGAUUGCUUAAAGUGGUUCUGUGCUUUUCGCCGGUGGGUCAAACGCUGCGGGUACGGGCUCGGAAAUUCCCUUCUAUCAUCAGUCGGACUGCCAUCGACUGGUUCCAUGAGUGGCCCAAAACCGCUCUGGAGUCCGUUUCCCAGAAGUUCCUCAAUGAAAUCAGCGGAAUUUUGGAGCCCGAACUGGUGCCGCCCAUCGGCUGCUUUAUGGCUUACGUCCACGGCACCGUGAAUCAGAUAUCGAGGAUUUAUCUGCAGAAUGAAAAACGCUACAACUACACGACCCCAAAAACUUUUCUGGAAUACAUUUUCCUCUACCGCAAACUGCUGGUGGACAAAAACGGCGAGUUCGCGGAGCGAAUCGCUCGUCUGCAGAGCGGAAUGGCCAAGUUGGCGGAGUGCGCCCGUCAGGUGGACACGCUGAAGCACCAACUGGCUAUCCAAGAAGUUCAACUGGCUGCGAAAAACGCGGCGGCCGACAAGCUGAUUGUGAUUGUGAGCGCCGAGAGCGAAAAGGUGAAGCGGGAGCGGUACAUCGCCUCCGAGGAGGAAAAGCGGGUGCGGAUCAUCGAGGAGGACGUCUCCAUCAAGACCAAGAUGUGCGAGGAGGAUCUGCGGCAGGCGGAACCCGCCUUGGUGGCCGCCCAAGCAGCUCUGAAUACAUUAAACAAAAACAAUCUCACGGAACUCAAGUCGUUUGGUUCGCCACCCAAGGCGGUGGUCAACGUUUGUGCCGCCGUCAUGGUUUUGUUGGCCAGCAAUGGUAAGAUCCCAAGGGAUCGCAGCUGGAAGGCCUCCAAGCUGAUGAUGGUGCGCGUGGACCAGUUCCUUAAUGACCUACUUAACUACAACAAGGAUAACAUUCAUCCUAAUAUUAUUGAAACGCUGCAGGAAUAUUUAAAGGACCCCGAAUUCAAUCCCGACAAGGUGGUUCAAAAAUCAGUAGCCGCGGCAGGACUUUGUGCCUGGGUGAUCAACUUGCACCGCUAUCACCAGGUAUUCCUGAUUGUUGGACCCAAACAACAGGCGCUGCAGGACUCGCAUCAGGAGCUGCUGGAGGCCAGGGAACGACUGCAGUACCUCAAGGCGAAGAUCAACAAUCUUGAGGCGAAGCUGGCCGAGAUUCAGGCGGAGUUCGAGAACGCGGUGGCCGAGAAGCAGCGAUGCCAACGGGAGGCGGACAAGACGGCCUUCACCAUCGAUUUGGCCCACCGGCUGGUGAAUGGACUGGCCAACGAGAAUGUCCGCUGGAAGGAGUCCGUCCAGAGCCUGCAAGCGAAGAUUGGUACCCUCCCCGGAGAUAUCCUGCUAAUUUCCUCGUUCCUGUCGUACGUGGGCUGCUUCACGCGCCGCUACCGUGAGGAAUUGCAGCACAAGAUGUGGCUGCCCAACUUUCGCAAAAUCGAUCCGCACAUUCCCCACACCGAGGGUGUGGAUACCCUGGCCCUUUUCUCGGACGAUGCUCAAAUAGCCGCCUGGAAUAACGAGGGUCUGCCCAUGGAUCGAAUGUCCACCGAGAAUGCCACCAUACUGCAGUAUUCAACUAGGUGGCCGCUAAUGAUAGAUCCACAAUUGCAGGGCAUCAAGUGGAUUAAGAACCGCUUUGGUUCAUCUCUGGUGGUCUUGCGCUUGAGACAACGAGGAUUUCUUGAAGCCCUCGAAAAGAGCAUUUCUCAGGGAGAAACAGUGCUUAUUGAGCAGAUUGAGGAGACAAUGGACACGGUUUUAGAGCCCCUUCUCAGCCGAGCUUUGAUCAAAAAGGGUCGCUAUCUGCGCAUUGGCGACAAGGAAAUCGAGUUCCAUCCCAGUUUCCGACUCAUUCUGCACACCAAGAUGGCCAAUCCGCACUACAAACCGGAAAUGCAGGCCCAAACCACUUUGAUUAACUUCACAGUCACUCCAGAUGGACUCGAGGAGCAGCUCCUGGCAGAAGUGGUUAAAAUAGAGAGGCCCGAUUUGGAACAAAUGAAAACGGAGGUCACUGUGCAGCAAAACAAAUUCAAGAUAUCCCUGAAAGCUCUGGAAGAUGAGUUACUGGCUAGAUUGGCUUCGUCGGGGGAGAAUGUCCUGGAUGAUCAUGCCUUGGUGAUCAAUCUUGAGGACACCAAGCGAACUGUGGACGAAAUCGAAGCCAAAGUUAGGGAGGCAAGGGUUACAACUCUGCAGAUUGAUGAUACAAGAAAUAUAUAUCGAUCGGCUGCUAAGAGAGCUGCUAUUUUGUACUUUGUACUCACCGAUCUGAGUCGCAUAAAUCCCAUCUAUAAGUUCUCGCUAAAAUCCUUUAUGCACGUUUUUCGGCAGGCUAUUGCAUUGGCCGCCGAGUCCAAGAUUUUUGAAAAGCGAGUUCUGCACCUGGUGGACUCCAUUACCCUGCAAACAUAUCGCUACACAUUACGCGGGCUUUUCGAGGCUGACAAGCUAACUUUCACUUCGCACAUGACUCUGCGCAUCCUUAUUGCCGCCGAGCAAGUGGCCAAGGACGAAACGGACUUCCUGCUGCGUUUUCCCCACGAUCCCACCACCUUGUCCCCCUUGGACUUCGUGAGCCGCAGUGCCUGGGGUGGCAUCAAGUCCUUGACUUUAAUAGAACACUUUUACGGAAUCGACAAGGACAUGGAGAACUACACGAAAAGGUGGCGCAAAUUUAUGGCCAGCGACACGCCAGAAAGGGAGCAGUUUCCCGGGGAGUGGAAGCACCGCACUCCGCUCCAGAAAUUAUGUAUUAUCCGCUCCUUGAGACCAGAUCGAAUGACAUAUGCCAUGCGGCAGUUUGUGGAGCAGACGAUGGGUCGUUCCUAUGCGGAGGUGCAAACCCCGCCAUUCGGUGCCAUUUUCCAGGAGCUCAAUGCAGCCACUCCUGCGUUUUUCAUCCUCUCACCAGGAGUGGAUCCCAUCCGGGAUGUGGAGCGAUAUGGCCAGCGGCAGGGGUUCCAUUCGGAGUCCGAUACGCUGGUCAAUAUCUCACUGGGACAGGGGCAGGAACUGUUGGCUGAGCAGGCUAUUAUCCAGGCCUUGGAAUCCGGUCAGCAGUGGGUCAUCCUGCAAAAUAUCCACUUAGUGGUGAACUGGUUGCCCACGCUGGAGAAGCUCAUUGAAAGGAUAGUGCUACAGAGCGAGACGGGGGAGUCAAAUUUCCGACUUUUUAUAAGCGCUGAACCAGCACCAGAUCCGCAGUAUCAUGUAAUUCCUCAGGGAAUCCUAGAAUCCUCACUUAAGGUGGUCAAUGAACCCCCUUCAGGAAUGGCUGCGAAUCUUCACAAGGCGUGGGACAACUUCUCGCAGGAUGCCUUGGAAACUUGCACCCAGGAGGCGGAGUUCAAGUCGAUCCUGUUUGCUCUUUGCUAUUUUCAUGCAGUGGCGGGUGAAAGGCGCAAGUUUGGACCACAGGGCUGGAACAAGGUGUAUCCUUUCAACAUAGGUGACCUCACCAUCUCGUCGAAUGUGCUUCACAACUACCUGGAGGGGAGCAACCGGAUUCCUUGGGAGGAUCUGCGCUAUCUCUUCGGCGAGAUUAUGUACGGUGGUCACAUCACAGAUGAUUGGGAUCGUCGGCUUUGCCAGACUUAUUUGGAGGAGCUCCUACAGCAGGAUCUCAUUGAUGGGGACUUUGAGUUGUGUCCGGGGUUUCCUGCUCCGCCGAAUCUAGACUUCGAAGGCUAUCACUCGUAUAUUACGGAAAUGCUGCCAGAAGAGAGUCCUUUGCUAUAUGGUCUUCAUCCAAAUGCUGAGAUUGGUUUUCUAACCACCGCUUCCGAACAACUUUUACGCACAAUUUUCGAGUUGCAACCAAGGGAAUCGGAGUUGAGUUCCCAUUGCGGAGCACCACGCGAAGAGCUGGUCAAGAUCAUGAUCGACGAUUUUCUGGACAAACUUCAAGAUGAGUUUAACCUGCAGGCUCUGCUCAAUCGAGUGGAACGCAAAACUCCCUUUGUGGUGGUCGCCCUGCAGGAAUGUGAGAGAAUGAACGCUCUGAUUCGAGAGAUAAAACGAUCCCUGAGGGAACUCAUGCUGGGAUUGAAGGGUGAACUCACCAUUACCCAGGAAAUGGAGCGACUGGACCAUGCCAUCUUCUACGAUCAUGUUCCCGGAGCCUGGGCUCGACUGGCCUAUCCCAGCAUGCUGGGCUUGCAGUCCUGGUUCUCUGAUCUGCUGCACCGCAUCAAGGAGCUGGCCGGAUGGCUCAACGACUUCAAGCUGCCCUGCGCCAUCUGGCUCGGCGGACUCUUCAACCCGCAGAGCUUCCUCACCGCCAUCAUGCAGGAAAGUGCCAGGAAACACGAUUUACCGCUGGACAGGAUGCUGAUUAGCUGCGAUGUCACCAAAAAGCAGAAGGAUGAUGUCACCCUGCCGCCCAUGGAGGGCGCCUUUGUCCACGACCUGUACAUGGACGGCGCCAGCUGGGAUUGCCAGUUGAACUCCAUUGUCGCCCUGCGUCCCAAGGAGAUGCUCUGCGCCAUGCCCGUCAUCUACAUCAAGUCCAUUGUGCAGGAGAAGCAGGAGCUGCAGCGCAUCUACGAGUGUCCUUUGUACAAGACAAGGUCGCGGGGAAAUACCUACGUUUGGACCUUUAACCUGAAGACCCGCGAACGCCCCUCAAGAUGGAUCCUUGGGGGCGUGGCACUCUUACUGCAGCCUUAA